GUCUGUGAAAUGUGAUCGAGUAUUGGAAAGGCAACUGAUACUUGACAGUGAAGAAGGUAGACAAAAGGAAACAUUUGCCGUCGGCUGUGCCAAACAUGCAUUUAAUUCCAUCCAUCAUUACACCCCCCAUAAUCUCUCUCUCUCUCUCUCUCUCUCUCUCUCUCUAAGAUUCAUCCAAAAGAUCAUUCUAAAAUCUUUUCUUCACCAACAAACCCCAAGAAACUUCUACAAAUACUCCUGUGAUCCUAAGAGCUCUAUCAAUGGCGAUUGAGAUUGUUUCCUCCAGACCCUUGGAUCCCAGAGCUUCUCCUUACAAUACAAUUUAUCAUCGGGAUUUCUACGUCUACCAUAUUCCUCGACCUCUUCCUUAUUAUCUGAUUUUGCCACCAGUUCCACCACGUCCACCAUAUUUCUGGUCAUACAAUGCUCAUCAACAGCCGUUGCCCGCCAAGUCAUUACCACUACCACUUCCUCCACCAUCUUCUCCUGGAAAAAAGAGCAAUUUCUCUCUGGCUUCGGUUCCUUCGGGGCCCAGAAUCCCCAAAUCCCGGCUCCCUGGACGCCACCGGAGAGUUAAUAAGGUGGUUCGCUUCGGAAGCCAUGGUUGCGGCGGAACUGAAACGAAGACGCAGUUGAAACCGGUGGAGAAAAAAACAACUCUGGAAAAAGUUGGGCGUGGAGGAAAAAGACGUUGGAAAAACAGAAGUGGAGAGUAUCAAGAGAUUUUGCCACUUGAUACUGAAACUUCAUCUGUCAUGAUCAAAAACAUUCCGAAUAAAUACACGAGAAAGCUGCUGAUACAAACUUUAGACGACCAUUGCAAGCUUGUGAAUCAAAAGAUCAACAAAGACUCCAUUGAUGAGAAGAACUCGAUUUCUGCUUAUGAUUUUCUGUAUCUUCCGAUAGAUUUCAACAAUCGAGUGAACGCUGGAUUCGCGUUUGUGAACUUUACAACUCCAGAAGCUGCUUCAAGAUUUAGGGACACCUUUCAUGGCAAACAUUGGGACUUCUUUGAUAGUCCGAAGAUAGCAGAGAUUACAAGGGCCCGAAUUCAGGGCAAAAGGCGUUUAGUGAACAAUUGCAAAACAAUGGACUUCUCGUAUGGAUCCGAAGAAGACAUGCCCGUUUCGUUUGAACCGGCAAGAGAUGGGUCGGAUGGUGUUCAUUCGAAGAUGACCGUACUGGGAAAGUUUCUUCGUUAGGGUUUUUAGCCUGUGAAAAGACUCUUUUACCCAUUAGGGUUUUAGGUUAAUCAUUCUGUGUUUCCUCCAUUAUCAUCAGAGUUUCUUUCAGAACUAAUCUUCUUUAGGUUUUUAGAGUUUCUAGUAAGAUUUGGGGUUUGAUGGGAAAAGACAAAUCUUAACCAGUAGGGUUUAUUGGGUGUACUAUGAUCAUUACGUGAAGAUGGUGGUGUAUAGGAGUAGGGGGUGGUGGACUUGGGCACCUGAGCUAUCUUUGCUUAUGGCAGGGUGUUGGGGUCCACCCCUUUUGAUCAUCUGUUAGGUCUAAUAUCAUGUUGUAAAAGGUUACUUCGAAACUGAAAUGGUGUUGAAGUUGCUUUCUGCUGUU